UAGAACAUUUCACGCCUAUAUGUUUCUUCACCAAGAUUUCCUUUUCAUACAACUCAUCCACCCCUCUUCCUUUGUCACUUAUCUUUUGUGCAAUGGCAAAGUUUCUGGCACUCUCACUAAUCAUAUCAAGCCUCUUCAUUGGCCUAGUGAGUGCAGAAUGGAACAUAUUGAACCAAAGAUGGGGAAAAAGAAAAGGGAUAGUUGAAGAGAACUUGAAGAACUACUGUGAGAGUUGGAGGAUAAAUGUUGAACUAAACAACAUUAGGGGGUUCAGUGUUGUGCCUCAAGAAUGUGUGGAGCACGUGAAGAAAUACAUGACUUCAUCUCAGUACAAGGCUGACUCUGUGAGGGCAGUGGAGGAGGUUAGGCUCUAUUUGAGUGGAUGCUGCACUUUCAAAGGUGAUGGCAAAGAUUCCUGGAUUUUUGAUAUUGAUGACACCCUUUUGUCCACAAUUCCUUAUUAUAAGAAACAUGGUUUUGGGGGAGAAAAGGUGAACGCAAGCUCUUUAGAAGCAUGGAUGAUGAGAAGCAAGGCACCUGCUCUAGAUCACACACUUGAACUCUUCCAUGAAAUCAAGAACAGAGGGAUCAAUAUCUUUCUCAUUUCUUCAAGAAAGGAAAACCUUAGAUCUUCCACCGUAGACAACCUUGUGAAUGUUGGGUACCAUGGAUGGACUAGUCUUACAUUGAGGGGUUUUGAAGAUGAAUUGGUGGAAGUGAAAAACUACCAUUCCAAGGUGAGGCAACAAUUGGUCGAUGAAGGUUAUCGUAUUUGGGGUAUUAUUGGAGAUCAAUGGAGCAGCUUUGAUGGGCUUCCAAUGGCAAAGAGGACAUUCAAACUACCCAAUUCCAUUUACUAUAUACCAUAAUUUUUUUCAUUGUUUACCCUAUUAUGUGAUCAUACUCUUUAACUUUGUCAACAUUAGCAUAAGCUAUUGUCCCUUCAUCUAUGUCAAAGGCUUAUGAAUAUGGAACUUUUGUUAUUCUAUUACUUACUCCAUAUCAAAGUGAAUGGACUUUUAUGUGGGUAAAGGAAAAGGCUAUUUCAAAGGGUCAUGAUGAGACAGCUUUAUUUCUUU